CCGGCAACCAUUUAGUCACCUGUAUCUGAGCGCUAAGCGAGUGUCGCCCCUGCUUGUCACUGUCUCUGCAAGACUCUUCCGUCAGGCCGGUGUUUCCCCUCGGUCCCUGUGUUGUGCCAGUCCCAGCACCCCUGGCACCAUGCCGCAACAGCAGAAGAUACAGUACCCAGCAGCCGCCCGUGAUGACUGUGCAGUUGAUAACUAUCACGGUGUUAAGAUGUGUGAUCCUUACAGAUGGCUAGAAGACCCAGACAGUGAGCAGACAAAGGCAUUUGUUGAAGCCCAGAACAAACUUACAAUGCCAUUUCUUGAGAAGUGCCCAGUUAGACGUCUCUUUAAGGACCGUAUGACAGAACUCUAUGACUACCCAAAGUAUAGCUGUAACUUCAAGAAAGGAAAUAGAUAUUUCUAUUUCUACAAUUCUGGCUUACAGAACCAACGUGUAUUAUAUGUACAAGACUCUUUAAAAGAUGAACCUAAAGUGUUUCUUGAUCCCAAUACAUUUUCUGAAGAUGGAACAGUUGCACUGCAAGGCUAUGCUUUCAGUGAAGAUGGAGAAUAUUUUGCCUAUGGUUUAAGUGCAAGUGGGUCAGACUGGGUCACUAUUAAGUUCAUGAAAGUUGCCAACCAAGAAGAGCUGCCGGAUGUACUGGAACGGGUGAAAUUCAGCUGCAUGUCCUGGACCCAUGAUGGUGUAGGAAUAUUUUAUAACUGCUAUCCACAACAAAAGGGAAAGAGUGAUGGAACGGAAACAUCUACCAAUCUGAACCAGAAACUUUUUUACCAUGUCUUGGGAACAUCACAGUCUGAUGAUGUUUUAUGUGCUGAAUUUCCAAAGGAGCCCAAGUGGAUGGGUGGGGCAGAGGUUACAGAUGAUGGGCAGUAUGUGUUGCUAUCUAUUAGAGAAGGCUGUGAUCCAGUAAACCGAUUGUGGUAUUGUAAACUAGACAAGAAUACUGGCAUUACUGGAAUUCUCCCUUGGGUAAAACUGAUAGAUAAUUUUGAUGCAGAAUAUGAAUAUAUCACUAAUGAAGGAACUGUUUUCACUUUCAAGACUAAUCGUAAUGCUCCAAAUUACAAAUUAAUUAACAUAGACUUCAACAAUCCUGAAGAGUCCAAUUGGAAAGUACUUGUUCCAGAGCAUGAAAAAGAUGUGUUGGAAUGGGUUUCAUGUGUUCAUAAAAAAUACCUGGUAUUAUGCUGCCUCCAUGAUGUGAAGAAUGUUUUGCAGCUUCAUGAUCUCGCCUCUGGAUCUCAUUUAAAGACUUUCCCUCUGGAUGUUGGUAGUGUUGUCGGAUAUAGUGGGCAGAAGAAGGAUUCUGAAAUAUUUUAUCAGUUCACUUCAUUUUUAUCACCAGGCAUUAUUUUUCAUUGUGACCUGACCAAAGAAGAACUAAAACCAACCGUUUUCCGUGAAGUAUCUGUGAAAGGAUUUGACCCUUCUGACUAUCAGACCGUGCAGGUUUUUUACCCUAGCAAAGAUGGCACCAUGAUACCAAUGUUCAUAGUCCAUAAAAAAGGAAUCACCUUGGACAAAUCUCAUCCUGCUUUUCUAUAUGGCUAUGGUGGCUUCAACAUAUCCAUCACACCAAGCUACAGUGUGUCGAGGUUAAUUUUCGUGAGGCAUCUUGGUGGCAUUCUAGCAGUUGCUAACAUUCGAGGUGGUGGUGAAUACGGGGAGACUUGGCACAAAGCUGGAAUCUUGGGAAACAAACAGAACUGUUUUGAUGACUUUCAAUGUGCUGCUGAAUAUUUAGUCAAGGAAGGCUACUCAUCAGCUGAGAAGAUCACAAUCAAUGGAGGUUCUAAUGGUGGCCUGUUAGUAGCGGCCUGUGCCAAUCAGCGUCCUGAACUUUUUGGAUGUGCCAUUGCUCAGGUUGGUGUAAUGGACAUGUUGAAAUUUCACAAAUUUACAAUUGGCCACGCAUGGACAACAGACUAUGGCUGCUCAGACAACAAAGAGCACUUUGAAUGGCUUAUCAAAUAUUCUCCACUUCAUAACAUCAAGGUGCCAGAGAAAGACGGCAUUCAGUACCCAUCCAUGCUGCUACUCACAGCAGACCAUGAUGACAGAGUUGUGCCCUUGCACUCCCUAAAAUUUAUAGCUUCCCUUCAGCACAUCGCAGGACAAAGUCCGAACCAAACGAAUCCACUGCUCAUUCAUGUGGACACUAAGGCAGGCCAUGGGGCAGGGAAACCAACUGCAAAAGUCAUUGAAGAAGUAUCAGAUAUGUUUGCUUUUAUUGCACAGUGCCUAAAUCUCCAAUGGAUAGAAUGAUACCUUAAGGGUCCUAGGCUGAAACAAGGGCUUGUUUGUCAAGUUGUGUGUAGUAACAUAUCCUUCUGCAGGAUUCACAGCUGAAUUACAUUAGCUUUUCUUACAGAUUACCUAAUUGUCAUUUUCUGAUAAUUUUCUGGAAAAGCAAAUGGGAGGGGUAUAUCUGAUUUACUGUUUACACCUGCUACCUGUAAGGAUUAAAUGUUCAUAUACUGAUAUCAAUUUGGAAAAUAUUUAUGGGUCAUAUCAAAUAAACAGAUGUGAUUUUC